AUGUCACAACAUGAUGGCGGGAAGGACGUUCCGUGUUCUAACCCGACACACGAUCUCGGGUGGCUUUUCCGCUCCAAGGGUCUUCAGGGACGACUUUCGCAAUGGGCGGCUAUCCUCUCACCAUGGAGGUUGGAGAUUCUCCGAUCCGUAAAAGGAGAGGAAGAAAUCCUAGGCGCAUUGGCCGCGAGCAUCACGUCGAGAGCUUACGUCGACGCUGCCCUAGAGGAGAUCGCACCGCGAAAACGCCCGUUUAGGACGGCCCCGAUCCCGGUUCCAAAGAUCGGACCGGCCGAAAGUCUACACGUUAUUAUCUUCGAUGGAUCUGCUCGCGUCAAACGCGAGGGAGGAGCGUUCAGCGCCGUAAUUUGGAAACUACCGAACUGGGACGUGGUUCGAGCUGCAUCGGCAUACGUGGAAGGGCUCACCGUGGACGAGGCCGAAUACCGAGGCAUGCUGCUCGGUAUCUCGUUAUUGGUCGACCUCGACGUUGCGCGACUGAUCGUCUGCGGGGACUCCAAUCUGGUAAUACGCCAGAUGCGGGGCGAGAUGGACUGCAAGUCGCCCGGGCUGCGAACGGGGCGGCAGAACGCAUGGUGCAGACCAGCCAUCAAGAUGUAUAUUGCCGACAUAAAUCAACGCGACUGGGACCAAUACGCUGAACGACUGACGUAUGCGCUUAACACAGUUCACGAUCGAACGAGGGACGAGACCCCGUUUUUUCUCGUGUACGGCUGGGAUCCGCGGUCCACGUUAGAAGCGACGUUAGCCGUGGGGAAAACUUCGUAUCGGGACGCAGAGGUUUGUCGGUGGAGGAUGCUUAUUCAACGCCACUACCCGAUACCACGCGCACAAUCCUUGGAACUGGUCCGCGAGGCGGUGGACGCGAGGGCGGCGCGUCAAAAUGCGCACGCCACGGAACACGCGAUAGAACGGGGCUCACGAGUCUGGCUGUAUCUAGAUCGAGUCAAGCCGGGAUACGCGCGGAAACCCGCGCACAUGUGGCACGGGCCGUUCCGCGUCGCGGAACUGGUUAGCGCGUACGCCGUACGCCUAGAGACUCACGGAACUCCGUAUCCAGGGAAGUCGUUAAACUAG